GGAAGACCUGGUCAGUAAAUCACAGCGGUGACCUCUGCAUUUUACAAAGGAGUCGGCUGUGACAAGUCAUCGCAGAAUGAGUUCCCUAAAUCGAAGCAGUGGUUUAUUGGAUCGCCUUCGUAGCGGUGAGAGUGUGGUGUGUGCCGAGGGAUACCUAUUUGCUUUCGAGAGGCGAGGUUACCUGAAGGCCGGAGCGUUUGUCCCGGAGGUCGUCUUGGAGCACCCGGAGCUCGUCCGCCAGCAGUACGAGGAGUUCGUACACGCCGGUAGUGAUGUCGUCCUGGCUUUUACGUAUUAUGCUCACCGGGAAAAGAUGGCCUUGAUCGGCCGUGAAAAUGACAUUGAACGCAUCAACCGAGCAGCCCUACGUAUUGCUAGGGAGGUUGCUGAUCAGACCGGCACGAUGAUGGCUGGCAAUAUAUGCAACACUACCAUGUAUGAUUCAAACGACCCGGGCUGCAGGAAAGGAAUUGAUGACCAGUUUAAGGAGCAAAUUGAAUGGGCUGUUGAAGCUGGAGCAGAUUUCAUCGUUGGUGAGACUUUCGGUGAUGUGGGUGAAGCGAUGCUAGCCCUUGAAGCUAUUAAGGCGUAUGGUCGAGGGCUCCCAUCUGUAAUCACAAUGUCGAUCUAUCAGAGCACCACGGUGGGCGGUAAAUUGGCAACAUUAGACGGCGUAGAAAUGUGCGCAGCGUUCCAACUCCUCGAGUCUGCCGGAGCGGAUGUUCUGGGUCUGAACUGCGCCCGUGGCCCGGCCACCACCUUACCCCUAUUGAAAGAGCUGAAAAGUGUUUUGAAGGUACCCCUAGCAGCCCUCCCUGUUGUUUAUCGUACAACCGAAGACGCCCCAAACAUGCAGGCUCUCAAUGAUCCAUUGAGUGGAAAGCAACUCUUCCCUACCAACUUGGACUGCGCCGCUUGCACUCGUGACGACAUAGUCUCCUUCGGGAAGGAUUGUGUGGAGUUGGGCGUCCAAUAUGUGGGACUCUGCUGUGGCAAUGCCGCCCACUACACACGCUCCCUCUGCGAGAGCCUCGGUCGCAACCCACCGGCGUCUAGGUACUCUGCCGAUAUGAGUCAGCAUUUUGUAUACGGUAGUGAUGACAAAUUGCAUAAGUAUAAUCAGGAGCACGUGAAGAGCUUCCUCACGUCAUAAAAAUACAGGGUGCGCACCAGACUAAAUAAACCCACAUAUUAUAGCAACCAACGCGAAAUGCGUUCAAAAAUGCUCAAACCAAAUUUAACGGCCCCACAGCCUCUUGAAAACCAAUCAAACAUAUUUUUUUGUUUACUCCCCCCGUGUUUUGCAGGUCAGUUGUUCAGAACCCCUGGGGAAAAAAAUGAAAAUGUGCUUGUUCCAAACCGACUUUCUGACAGUCACCGUGAAGUUUUUAUCCAUUUCACAAGCAUAUGACUAACUUUAGAGCCUAAAAUUAUCCAGUCUCCUCAAGAGCUGAAGCACAGAACAAUAUUAUUGCAUAACGCCUCAACUUUACUGUUCAAAGUGAUAAUAGCUUGGCGCAUGUGUGUGUUCCUUGGCUUUGGUGCGCCACCAGUCGUUCGUGAUGGAGAAGCCUUUUUCCCGACCGAUUUCAUAACAAUUGAACAUUCCUUUUAACACAGCUCAUUCCAUUCGUAAAUUAAUCAGCAUGUAACAGUAAAAAAAAAAGUCAAUGCAAUUUUACCGACCCAUUGAUCAAUAAGACAAUUCAAUUUCAUUGAAGCUGCAAGACUCACUCAACUUCGUUAAAGCAAGCAGCAAGAGCUGCUCAACCAUUCAAUUUAAUAAAGUGAUAUGAAAUUCAACUUCAAAAAAAUUCAAAAGGCUUUGGACGCUAUUGUCAAUAUU